AUGCCAAUCGAUAUUCAGCCAGUGUUGGAGGGCGAUCUUCGGCGGUGCGCCGAGAUUGAGAACCUGGCGUUCGCGGGGAGCCCAAUGAACCCAGUUUUGUUCCCCGGACCCAUGCCGGAGGAUAUCAUGGGGAUUCGAGCAGCGGAAAUGGCCAAACAGUUUCGAGAGGACCCAACCGUGCGCUUCUACAAAGCGGUGGACACUGAUCUCUCUGGCGACGAAGCGAUCAUUGCUUGGAGCAAGUGGAACGCGUAUUCGGAGGGCUUGCCGGUGCCAAAACCACGUGUCUGGGGACCAGGCUGCAACGAGGAGGCAUGCACACUGUUGUUCGCCGGCUUGGACCAGAUGCGCGAGCGUUUGAUGGGUGGCAAGCCGGUCGUCUAUCUGCAUAUCUUGGUGACGGACCCAAAGCACCAAAGACGUGGGGCCGGGUUGCAGUUGAUGACGCCAGUAAUGCAAGAAGCUGUUCGGCUGGGUGUUCCCGCGUACCUCGAGUCCUCUGUUUCCGGCCAUCAUCUAUACCAAAAGGUCGGGUUCAAGGAUAUCCACGAGCACCGGGUGGACUUUAGCAAAUUUGGCCAGUCGGAGCCUCACUUGAACUGGGCGAUGCUCUGGGAGCUCCCCAACCGGCGAUGCCCAUGA